CUCUCAUCGGUCUCCAACUCAGUAGAAGAUCGGAAGUGAAAGUGAUCACAUCUCAGCGGGACGCGGUGAAACUGUGAUUGAACUGAUAGAACUGUGAUCAAGAUCAACUCAACGAAGUAGAAUGUUGUCGGUUCUGUCGAGAGUGGCUCAGCGGGGGAGGAGCUUAUCGGCUGUAUCCGCAGUGCAGCGCUGUUAUGCAUCCACGGGAGGAAAGGAACCAAGCAAAACGGCUCUGUACGAGUUUCACCAGAGCCAAGGUGGAAAGUUGGUAGACUUUGCCGGUUACUGGUUGCCCGUGCAGUACAGCGAUCAAAGUAUUAUAAAAUCCCAUCAUUACACUCGUGAAUAUGGAUCUAUUUUCGACGUGUCCCAUAUGCUGCAAACAUACUUGAGAGGCAAGGACGUCAUCAGUUGCUUCGAGUCGGUUUGUACUGCAGACAUAAAGGGACUUCGGAAUGGUACCGGAACGUUGACCGUGUUCACCAAUGGAAAGGGAGGAAUUUUGGACGAUUUGAUUGUGAGCCGAGUGUCCGAGGAUACUUUGUAUGUGGUCUCCAAUGCAUCCCGGAAGGAUACGGAUAUGGCCGUCAUGACCGAUGCAGUGGCAUCCUUCAAAGCCCAGGGCAAAGACGUCUCGGUGCAGUUCCUGUCCAGCGAUGACCGAUCCCUCCUGGCAAUCCAAGGCCCACAUGCCGUUUCAGUCCUCCAGAAGUUGUGUACCAAAGAUCUUUCCCGCCUAUACUUCAUGAACACCACAACGGACGCUAUUGCCGGCGUAGAAAACUGCCGAAUCACUCGUUGUGGAUACACUGGCGAAGACGGAGUCGAAAUUUCCAUCCCAUCCAACAAAGCCACCGACAUUGCAUCAGCGCUUCUGGAGCAGAAAGUCGGCAACCUUAAGUUGGCAGGUCUUGGAGCUCGUGAUUCCCUCCGACUGGAAGCCGGCCUAUGCCUGUACGGCAACGACAUCGACGAGACUACGACCCCCGUUGAAGCUGGCCUUCUCUGGUUAGUGGCCAAACAGCGCCGCGCAGAAAACAACUUCCCCGGCUCGGACAAAAUCAACAAUCAAAUCAAAAACGGCGUCACUCGACGUCGCGUCGGAUUCAAGAUGUCCGCAGGAUCAGCCCCCGCUCGACAGCAUGUGGAAAUUUUCGACAACGAACAUCACAAAAUUGGAGAGAUCACCAGCGGCUGUCCGAGCCCGUGUCUGCAGCAGAACAUCGCCAUGGGAUACAUUCGGGAGGAGUCGAAAAAGGUGGGCACCGAAGUGACGCUUAAGAUUCGGGACAAGUUCUACCACAGCCAGGUCGCCAAGAUGCCAUUCGUUGCGACACAUUAUUAUCAGCCACCGAAAUAAGAAAGUGCCGAAUUGUUUGCCUCUAGGUUGAAUAAUAUAUGCUGUGCAUGUGUGUUUUGGCGCGUGUAGUAUUUAUGUUUGCAGCUUAUCAGUUGACCCCGGAUUGGACGGGAUGAAUCGUAAAAGUUAACGGCCUGACAUAUGAUAAGCAAUCAAUAGCUCUUACAACGUA